AACAUUUAAUUUCUUAACUGCAAAGGUACAUAUAUAUUUUGAGAGAGAGAAAAAAAAUAGUACAAAGAAAAUGAGAGAUAUAAGAAAAAUAAUGCAUGGAUUGAAACCAGCUUUGAUGAUGUUAACGGUUCAGAUUGCAUUUGCUUCUGUUAAUGUUCUUUACAAGCUUGCUAUUAACGAUGGAAUGAGUGUUAGGGUUCUUACUGCUUAUCGUCUCAUUUUUGCAGCAGUUACUACCAUUCCUCUUGCUCUCUUUUUUGAAAGGAAGAACAGACCAAAGCUUACAUGGAGAGUUGUUUUUAUGUCAUUCUUUUGUGGAUUAUUUGGAGGAAGUUUAUUUCAAAACCUAUACUUUGAGUCAUUGGCAUUGAUAUCGGCGACAUUUGCUUCCGCGGUUUAUAAUCUCAUUCCAGCCGUCACAUUUAUCUUGGCCGUCUCUUUCGGUUAUGAAAGAUUGAAUUUCCAAAGAACAUCAGGAAAGGCUAAGGUGUUAGGAACAAUAACAGGAAUUGGAGGGGCAAUGAUGCUAACAUUUCUCAAAGGUGUUGAAAUUAAUAUUUGGUCCUUCCAUAUUAAUCUCUUGCAUAAGGGCAAAAAUGGAACAGUAAAUGAUGACUCUGGUAGUAAAUUGUUGGGUAUCUUUUUUGGUCUUGGAAGUUGCUUCUGCUUUGCAUUAUGGCUCAUCAUUCAGACUAAAAUGAGCAAAGAAUAUCAAGGGCAUUAUUCAAGUUCAGCAUUGAUGAAUUUAAUGGGGGCAACUCAAGCUACAAUUUUUGCCCUUUGUAUGGAUAAAGAUUGGAGCCAAUGGAGAUUAGGUUGGAGUAUUAGGCUUCUAACUGCAGCAUAUUCAGGAGUUGUGGCUUCUGGAUUAAUGAUUGUUAUAAUUGCAUGGUGUGUAGGGAUGAGAGGUCCACUAUAUGCCUCUAUUUUCAACCCUUUGAUGUUAGUGCUAGUGGCCAUUGCUGGCUCUUUGAUGUUGGAUGAGAAUCUAUAUUUAGGAAGUGUAAUUGGAGCAGUGUUGAUAAUGGUUGGAUUGUACAUGGUGUUAUGGGGGAAGAGCAAAGAAAUGAAGAAAGUGACUCAUUUAGAAAUCACUUCUGAAUCUGAAGAAAUUGAGAUUGUUGUUUCGUCGAACACCUGCGACAUCAAUGGCAAGAUCGAGGGCAACAUUGUUGACAAGAAUGAUGAACAUGAAGGGAAAAAGACUGAGAAUAAUGGAAAAGAAGAAUUGGUUUCAAGUCAUCAAGUGAAGUCUUGAAAGAUAAAUAUUGUUAUGGAUGUUAAAUAUGAUUGUAGUUAUUUUAUAACUUUAGUUUUAGUUGCUAAUUGAUUUUGUUCUUCAAUUAUUCAAUGUUAACCUGUUUCAUCUUGAGUACUUUUCCACAUGACAAAAAUUAAAGUGGUAAGUCUCAUGUAUCAAUUUUCUUAUUUCUAGUUGAAUUCUGUUGUAGCUGAUUUUUCAGUGAUUAGAUUGUCUAUGCUUUCUAGUUUUGUUUCCUUAGGGUAUCUAUGCACAUUUAAAUUAAC